AUGCGGGAAGAGCAUUCCACUAGAGCGGCAGCUUCAUCGUACGAGCGUGAGCUCAACAUUCGGCUGUGGCAGACUGGCUUUGUAGGAUGCACUGUGUUUGUGCAAGACGUGCUGUUUCAACUUGCCCUUGUGCUAAAGCACGAACAAAGGAGACUUGAUACCGGUGUGGAGAUGGACCAAAUUGGCUCUCACGGGUUACUCAUUUCGGGUGUACAUGGUGUGGGGAAGUCGCUAGCACUAGUGGCUUUGCAGCGGGAGCUUGUUCACGAGCAGAUCGCCACGUGGCGGAUUGACGGUAUGUCGUUGCUCAUGACGGCUGAAGGUUCAGCAUUUCCAACAGCUUAUGAGUACUUGGUCUACGCACUGGAGCAGCGCUUUCCCCGAUCACGAUCUCUAGCUGACGUCGAGACCAAACGCGAGUCAUCAUCAUGUGUUGGUGUUGUGCUGAUCGAUGACUUGGAGAUGCUCUUCCAAUCGGUGGAUGGCCAGCUCGCCGACGGCUCCGAGAUGCAGUUUACGUCACUUGGCAGCGCGUUGCUCCGACUAAUUGACGAACGGAGUUUGCGCUCCACACGUUUCGUUGUGGUUGGGACGACUGCAAGUGCUGAUGUGAACAUACCAUCUGCAGCUAAGCGUGCUGGAAGGUUUGACAAAGUUGUGGACUUGGUCGUCCCGACAGAACAAGGCCGACGAGACAUUUUGCAACGGCAUCUGGUCGGGUUGCCACUACGAAGAGGAGCAGACAGUGAAGGCAAUGGUCAUGCAGCAAGUCUAGCGUCACGGUUGGCGGCACUAAGUGGGGGCUACGUGGCCAAAGAUCUUGUACGCAUCUGUCGAUACGCGACUGCUCAAGUGCAUGCCGCAUCGACUCUUGAUGGCGAUCCGACCGAGUCAUCUGUCGGAUGGUCCGAUCUAUUGCGAGCUCAGCAGCACAUCAAACCUUCUCAGCUGCGAGAGCUCAACGUGUCAUCGCCUGGUGCACAUGGGGAUGGAAAGCUUGCUUUUGCUGGCUAUGCUGCUGUUCGACAGCAACUGUGGGACUUCAUCACUCGAACAUUCCACCCGACUGCAGCGAUGAGCCGCUUGUGCAUUUCCGAGGCGUCAGGGAUAUUGCUGUCAGGUCCAUCAGGCUGCGGUAAGACGCUGCUCGUGCAAAUUGUGGCAGCUCAAGCCCGAGUCAACUUUGUAUCCGUGAAGUCAUCAGAGCUGCUGUCCAAGUACUUUGGGGAUAGCGAAAAAGCAGUUCGCCAGCUCUUCGCUCGAGCACGUGCCGCCUCACCGUGUCUCUUGUUUUUUGACGAGUUUGAUUCCAUCGCUCACAAGCGAUCGUUUAGUGGAAACGAUGGAGGCAGCAGUGGUGGAGGAGUCUACGCCCGAGUGCUUUCCACCUUCCUCAACGAGAUGGACGGUGUGGGCUCGCAACGAGUUCGUGUAUCCACUUCACAUGUCAAGAAGUCGCCUGCUGUCGAGAGCGGUGGCAUCCUUGUCGUGGCUGCAACCGACCGGAGAAAUGCGCUGGACGCUGCCCUGAUCCGUCCUGGUCGAAUUGACAAGACUGUCGUGUUGGGAUUUCCAACGCAAGAAGAUGUUGAGGAACUUCUUGCGGUUUACACGAGAAAGAUGCCGCUCGCUACAGACGGUGACAUCCAAGAGCUUGCGGCGCGACCGAGAGGCUCUCACACAUUCACGGGUGCUGACAUUGCAUCAAUUUGCAAGGAAGCGGCCUUCCGCGCCCUUCGCGAAGGCGUCGAGGCAAAGACAGUAUGCGCACGACAUUUCGAGGCCGCAUGGGACCAGCGCGCUCGAGAAGCCCCAGGCACCUCCGAAUCGGACUCGUGGACUGUCAAGCCAUGA